UCCUGCGUCUGCCGAAAAGGUUUUAUGCAACUGUACAGGUCGAACUUCCGCCAACUUAAAUGCUGGCCAUGUGCCAUCAGCGAAAUAUCGUCUAGCGCCCGCGGCCAUUGCUUAACCUGCACGACGGAAUGCAGCCGUUGUCCCGAAGGGACCGUGCUUGUUGAGAAUGAGACAUCGGCCGAGUGUAAGCCGUGCUCAAACCAAACCUCCCUCGAACCAAAUUGCUCCACGUGGGAGAAACAGCAAACGCUUAUCAUGGAUAGCGAUCCUGAUUUCCCCGAGUACCGUGAACAUUCCGAAAUGAUUUCGCGACGGAUUACGAAAGCAUACCAAAGAUGUAACUCGGGUGAAGACUGCAAUUUAUUGGCGAACCUCUGCGUGCUAUCACAGUACCGGAUGUCGCAGAGUCAGGAAUCGCCAUGUACACUCUACCUUAAACUUAUCCCUACUGUUGGUCAGCGCAGUCCAACAAACGGGCCGUGGAUCUAUUACGAUGAAGAAACGCCGCAAACUCUCUAUAAAACAAACCUACCCAACAAGUUCACGUUGGAUCCAACCAAGAACAGUUCAUUACUUUCGUUCCAUGCUAUCACGUUCGACCUCGAUGGACAUUUUGUAAAGGACGGAAAACUGUAUACGAGAGAGCUGAUUCCGUGCGCACAAAUACCUACAAAGUUACCGUUUGCCGCAAACGUGGAUGUUACGUGUAGAGUUACAGUUGAGGAGCUACGCCAGCCGCGGCUGAAACUUAUGGAUAUCUACUUAGUCAGCGACAAUGGGCAUACGAUAUAUCCCAUUCCUGUGCUGGUGCGAAAUCUGCGCAAAAACGGUAUCGCAAUCAAUGAGCCUGAUAGGGCCGAGACACAAUGGCAGCUUACCAGACGUUUGUUUACUGUCGACACCGAAUCGGUUACGGGUAGCAUUAGGUACCUUAAACGAGUCGAUAUACGCGUCCGACUUCAGUCUUGGUGGGACGGCCGGGCGCCGGGCAGCGCCUACCCACCUCUCGUGAUUGUGUCUUAUGGUCGCAUUAAAGCUGAUCCUAGAAAUGAAGUCCAGCUACGGUUUCGCGUUCACUACGAACAGGUUCAGUCAAAGACGUUUCAAGAUAUCUCAAUAGCUAUUGGUGUGCUAAGUACUCUUGUAGCGAUGUGGGCCUGCAUUCGUACCUGGGGCUGGGUUCGACGAAAUGGCACACAAUCCUUUGGCGCCGUUGGCAUCUAUAAGUUGAUCGCCUACACGUGUGGGGGCCUAGCGGACACAUUUUUGCUCGUCCUUUUUUGUUCGUGCCUCAACUGGUUCGUUAUGUUUAAAGGACAGGGAAUUAUCCACCUACUGUUGCCGACAGCCGAACAAGAAACCGAAAUUAUCACUUACAUCGGCGUGGCCCUCGCUCUAAAAGCCGUCGAAAUUCUCGAUAUGAUGGCUAUGCAGCUAAACUGGGACGUAUUUCUUAUCGACUGGGAACUGACCGAGGGCGCCACCGCUUGGCGCAGCUAUCUUGUUGCAGGCGAGUUUUUGAAGCUGACGACGCAUCGUCGACUCAACAUCGGUAUCCUGCUCCUCAUUGUGCUGUUCGUGCUUAAAGUAAUUAAUUUCGAGUCGCUGGCGCUUGCUGCGCCUGGAAGCGUCGAUGUUUCUGCCGAGGUGUCCCCGUUUAGUUCGACAUGCCGACUUGCCCUUGUCGCCGCCAUUUACGUGCUCGCCGCCAUCUUUUACUGCCUUUAUAUGCGUAUCUUCCACGAACGUUUCAUUGGAUACAACUGCAUGGCACGGUUCGUAGAUCUUUGUUCGAUAGCGAACAUUAGCGUAUUAACGUUGACACAUUCUUGUUACGGCUAUUAUGUGCAUGGACGCUCUGUGCUUGGUAAGGCGGACGUCUCCCUGUGGGAAAUUCUCGAACAGUUACGUAAGGAAGAAAAUGAUUUAUGCGCACACCGUGGCUUGAUACCGGGCACCGAUGAGCAGACGUUCAGGAUCAGUCUGCUCGCGCAGCUGAAAAGCAAUUAUAAACGUUUGCUUGAAGGGGCUACGGCACCGCCUCAGAACAUUGAACAUAUUGCUGCUGCGCACAAGGCUAUCAAUCGCUUUUUGGUAGCGUUUCUACAACACGCCGUUAAAGAUCUCGAUUAUGUGGUCCGAGACGCGAUGGCCAUCGAAACCUUUCUUGACGUCGAACUGAAUGACGUCCACGAUCGUUGUGUUUUCUACAAAGACCCCAAUGUAAGGACACUGGAAACGUUGCUCUUUUCUAGCUUCGAGAAGAACCUCCUUGUGUUAGACCUGCUUGUGCUUGUGGUGACGGACUGGGCCUCGCACGACCUGAUUCUCGGCUCGUGCCUCGUGUAUCUCAUCGAUGUGCUUAUUCAAGCAGUACGAGCUUCGCUUUUGAAACGAAACUUUGUUAAAAAAUCUCUCAUAGAUGCCCGCUUCAUUACAACGUAGUGCCAGAAACAAUGAGGGUAAUGGCUCACUGUAUUGACGUAAUCGGCACAAAGAAAGUUAUCGAAGAACAGAAAGCAUACGAGGCGUAAUUUGGCGCAAGAAACACAGUGUCUUCAAUGAACUAUGUGAUUGGACGCGAAUGUUAUGUGUGUGCCU